AUGCUUUCCGCUUGUGCUGUUGCCCUCAGGGCAGGUGCCCGUCGUAGCGUCCGCCGUCUUCCCCGGUCACGCGCCGUCGCCGUCCCCGCCGCCCUCCGCCGCGAAAGGCCGUUCUCCUCGUCUGCCGCCCGAACUACCGACCUGAGCACGCGGGGUAUGAUCGUGCAGACUCUCUCGUCCGUCGGGUCUAAGCGCGAAGUCCAACAAUACCUCUCGCUUUUUACAUCCGUGUCGUCGCAACGCUUCGCUGUGAUUAAGGUCGGCGGCGCCAUCCUGACCGACUACAUCGACGAGCUCUGCUCCAGCUUGGCCUUCCUCUACACCGUUGGCCUCUAUCCCAUCAUUGUCCAUGGCGCUGGGCCGCAGCUCAACACCCUGCUGGAGCAGGCCGGCGUGGAGCCCCAGUUCGAAGAGGGCAUCCGGGUCACGGACCCCAAGACGCUGCGUGUGGCGCGCGACCUGUUCCUCCAGGAAAACCUCAACCUCGUCAACAAGCUGGAGGAAAAGGGGGUCCACGCACAGCCCCUGACGACCGGCAUGUUCAGGGCAGACUAUCUGAAUAAGGAGAAGUGGGGGCUGGUCGGAAAGAUCACCGGCGUCAACAAGCAGCCCAUCGAGACGGCUAUUAACAAUGGCUAUCUCCCCAUUCUCACGUCCAUGGCCGAGACCGACGAUGGCCAGAUUCUCAAUGUCAAUGCCGACGUCGCUGCCGCCGAGUUGGCCCGUGCUCUCGAGCCCCUGAAGGUUGUUUACCUGUCUGAGAAGGGCGGUCUCUUUGACGCUGGGGGCCAGAAAAUCUCGGCCAUCAACCUGGAUGAAGAAUACGAGCACCUCAUGUCUCAGUCCUGGGUCAAGUACGGCACCAGGUUAAAGAUCAAGGAGAUCAAGGAGUUGCUGGACACAUUGCCGCGCGCUACUAGCGUUGCCAUCAUCCACCCCGGAGAGCUCCAAAAGGAACUUUUUACCGAUUCCGGCGCCGGCACGCUCAUCCGCCGUGGCAGCAAGCUGCUCUCGGCCACCAACCUGUCCGAGUUCAAGGACGUCGAGAAGCUCAAGGAGGUCCUGAUCCGGGAUCGGGAGGGCCCCGAUGCACUGGCCACCGUCGACAAGUAUUUCGAGUUCCUUGGCGAGAACAACUUCAAGGCAUACUACGACGGGCCUAUGAAUGCCCUUGCCAUCGUCUUGCCGGCAAACAACGGGCGCCAGGCUACCCUUGCCACCCUCACCAUCACCAAGUCCGGGUGGCUGAGCAACAUCGCCGACAACAUCUUCACCGCUCUCCUUGAUGAAGGACUUCACCGAGAAUGGCCGCGCCAUGCUUGGCAACUCCAACCUCGAGUCGCGGUUGCAGCGCGCCGCGGCAAAUGGCGCCAAGCCCGUCCCCAACAGACUCGCUCGUACUCGACCCUCGCUCGCCGCCCCAUCCUCUCGACUCCGGCUUUUGGCCAGGCCGGCCGGAGGACAUACGUCACCCAGACCAACCCCAACCCGCCGAUCGGCAAGAGGAACGCUUCCAAGUCCCAGCCUGCUAGGGUAGCGCUCAUCGGCGCCCGUGGUUUCACAGGCCAGGAGUUGAUCCGCCUCCUCGACUCCCACCCGAACAUGGACCUCCGCCAUGUUUCGUCGCGCGAGCUCGCGGGCACCAAGCUGGAAGGGUACAGCAAGAGGGACGUCAUCUACGAGAACCUCAGCGCUGAAGACGUCCGGGAUAUGGAGCGCCGUGGUGAUAUCGACUGCUGGGUCAUGGCGUUGCCAAACGGAGUGUGCAAGCCGUUUGUCGAGGCCGUCUACGAGGGUCGCAAGGGCUCUGAUCACAAGAGCGUCAUCGUCGACCUCUCCGCUGACUACCGUUUCGACGACACGUGGACCUAUGGUCUCCCUGAGCUCGUCCCCAGGGCGAACAUCACCCGGUCGACGCAGAUUGCCAACCCCGGUUGCUACGCCACAGCGGCGCAGCUCGGCAUCGCUCCCCUCGUGCCUCACCUCGGUGGCAUGCCCCAUAUCUUUGGCAUCUCCGGUUACUCGGGUGCCGGCACCAAGCCGUCGCCCAAGAACGACGUCAGCCUGCUCACAGACAACAUCAUCCCGUACAGCUUGACGGGCCACAUCCACGAACGCGAGGUCACCGCCCAGCUCGGCGCGCCGGUGGCCUUUGUCCCGCACGUCGCCGUCUGGUUCCGCGGAAUCCACCACACCAUCUCGAUCCCGCUCAACAAGACCAUGACGUCGCGCGACAUCCGCCAGAUCUACCAGGACCGGUAUGCCGGCGAGAAGCUUGUCAAGGUCGUCGGCGAGGCGCCGCUGGUCAAGAACAUCAGCGGGAAGCACGGCGUCGAGAUCGGCGGCUUCGAGGUCGACAAGUCUGGGAAGCGCGUCGUCGUCUGCGCCACCAUCGAUAACCUGCUCAAGGGCGCCGCCACCCAAUGUCUGCAGAACAUGAACCUCGCUCUGGGCUACGCCGAGUACGAGGGUAUCCCCAUCAUGUAA